AUGCGACGGCAUUACUUCAACAAUGAGAAACUGGAUUCGCCCUGUCCCAACUGGACUGCAAUGUUGUCCGACAUAGUCAAGGGUAACUUCAUCAAUGUUCUACCGAUAAUAGUGAUCGGUGGAUCAAUUGGUUAUUUCUGGGCUGGUGACGACGACGGUUCCAUUCCCGUUGACGCUGCGCUUCAAGCCGCGAUUGUGCAGCUGGGUAUCGAAUUGGUAUGGGUAUCAUCCGCGUCGUGGUACUUUUUGAACGUGUUCGGUCUGAGAUCCUAG